AUGUGCCUGUUCUCCUCCGUGCCGCAUCUGACCAUUGGCAUUUCCCCCCCCUCGCUGCCAUUGGAAGGGCUUUUCUGCAACCGGACAUUUGACAUGUACGCCUGCUGGCCGGACGGGAGCCCCGGCACCGCCGUCAACGUCUCCUGCCCCUUCUACCUGCCCUGGUUUGAGAAAGUGAAACACGGGCUGGUGAGUCGCCGGUGCGGCGCCGACGGGCAGUGGGUGACAGUGAACGGCAGCCAGGCCUGGCGGGACCACUCGCCGAAGCUCCACUGCACCAGGAAUUACAUCCACGCCAACCUCUUCGCCUCCUUCGGGCUGCGGGCGACCUCGGUGAUGGUGAAGGACGCGCUGCUGGAGAAGCGCUGGGGCAUGGAGGUGGUGCAGGUGGCCGACUGGGAGGCUCUGCUGAGCCAUGAGAUCAACCUGCUGAUCUUCAUGAGGAUUCUCAAGGUGAUCCUGGCCAAGCUCCGCGCCAACCAGAAGGGCUACGCAGACUACAAGCUGCGGCUGGCCAAAGCCACACUCACCCUCAUCCCGCUCUUCGGGAUCCACGAGGUCGUCUUCAUCUUUGCCACCGACGAGCAAACCACCGGCAUCCUGCGCUACGUCAAGGUGUUCUUCACCCUCUUCCUCAACUCCUUCCAGGGCUUCCUGGUGGCUGUGCUGUACUGCUUCGCCAAUAAAGAGGUGAAGUCGGAGAUGAAGAAGAAGUGGCAGCUCUGGAAACUCGACCACCCAGCGCUCUGCUGUGCCCAGUGA